AUGGAUAUUUUCAAAGCAAUUUUUGUAAGUGACGACGAGGAUAGCGACGAGGAGACGGAUCGCACGAAUGACGUGGAUGGGCCCCAUGUUGUCUCUGCGCCAGCUGGUCCGUCUAUACCAGGCCCAGAUGACAAGCCACCAGCAGCAAAUGGUAUCGUGGAAGACGUUGAUCUGGCUACAUUCAAGCCUACCUUUAUACCCAGGGGAUCCAAAGCAAAAGAUGCAGAGAAGAACGAAAAGACAAACAAGAAACAGAAGGGUUCCAAGGUGCGAGAGGCCGAGAAAGAAGAAAGGGAAGGAUCAAAUCAAGAGGGGGAUGGAGGUGAGGAUAUGUGGGUCAAAAAACCUCCGCCGGAUAUCGCGAAAGUCCUGCCUAUCACUGAUAUAUCCCCUGAUGAGGGCAGUCAGAUUAGUGGAGAGGAAAGCGGACCUUGUCGAGACUCGUAA